CCCAAAGCUUGCUGCAACGCCCCCGGACGCGCCGGACCCGGAAUCCCGGAUCCAUCCCACCAAUCCCGUCUCUGACUCCAAGCCGCCCCCGAUGGGCCGCCGCCCCCGCCAGCGCCAGCGCCGCCGCCGUCACGCGUGGGCCGCGGCCGGGCAGGGCCCCGAUCGCUUCUCCCACCUCACCGAGGACCUCCUCCGCAGCAUCCUCAACUGCCUCCCGACCCGCUCCGCCGCCAGGCUCGCCGGCGUGUCCCGCCACUUCCGCCGCGAGGUCCCCCGGCUCCUCGAACGCGUUGACUCGCUCACCCUCCACGAGCCCCACUUCCCGGACCCUCUGCGGACCACCCCGCCGCUCCUCAUCCGACGCCUCGCCCUCGCCCCGCACCGCGCCAUCCCGCCCUCGUCUUUCCGCCCCAUCAUCGAGGACGCCGCCCUGCACGGCGUCUCCGAGGUCUCCUUCCGCCUCACCCGCCGCGCCCGGUUGCCCAAGAACGUGUUCACCGUGAAAUCCCUCGUCGUGCUCGCGCUCGACACCUGCGCCGUGCCUCCGUGGUCCGACGUCAGCUGCCCCUGCCUCCGCACGCUCAGGCUCCACCGCGUCGCCAUCCACCAGGAGAACAUCAACAAAAUCCUCGCCUCCGCGUCAUUCCUCGAUACGCUCGAGAUGGUGUACUGCACGGGGCACGGCGCGAGCAAGGGCUGCACGGUGGAGUCGUCCUCCGUGAAGAACCUCGUGUUCAGGCCGACGCUGAAGCUGGAGGGGACCGUGAUUAGAGCGUCGGGGCUCAGGGUGCUCACGCUGUACACGCGGAGUAGGGCGAAGAGUCUGGAGCUGGCCCCUGCUCCAGAGAUCAGGAAGGUGUACCUGCACAUCUCCAAACCAAAUAGCAUGGAGACCUCAAUGGAGUCAUUCAAGGUUAGGCCGUUCCUGGAUGCUGCCGUGAAGCUGGAGUGCCUCACGCUCAGAGGCCAGGCCAUGAAGGUAUUGUCAUAUGAAUAUGAACAAAAUCCUAAGUUGACGGUUAUGUUUCAAGACUUGAUGAUUCUAUCAGUGAGCUUGAAUCUCUCAAGUGAACAAGAACUUGUUUUCCUGCUGAAGCUUCUUGAGAGCUGCCCUAACCUACAGAAAUUCAUUCUUUCGGCUGCUGAAACAGGCAAUGGCAAUGAUUUGCCCCGUUUCACUGAUCACAAGGAUAGGCUGGCAAGUAUAUCUUGCCUGACUACCAGCUUGGUGCAGUUCAAGUUUCUUGGGUUCAAGCCUCAAGAAUAUCAAGAGGAACUGGUCGUUUAUCUGCUAACCGUAGCAAAGCAACUGAAGAAGGUGGGGGUGGAGUUUGAUAAGAGCCAAUUAGCUGCCGUGAAACAGAUUCUGUCAGUUAGGACAUCUCCGAUUGAGAGGAUAUCCACAAAGUACAAGAGAAACUACUACAUGGAGUUGGAGUACUCCUGAUAGAAUUAGUAUAUACAGUAUAGCUUUAAGGGUUUGAGCCUCUGAUUGGCCAUAUUCGGCAUAGCCGAAUUUCAUUACUUGACAGCAACGAAAGAGUGACCAAUAAUUGCUUUGGUGUUCAUCAAAUUUAUCAUACUUUUUA